UAUGGGAGUUUUCAUAAUUUGUAGUCCGCAUCGUGUUAUUUAUUUAGAUAUUUAGAUUAAAUGAAGUUAAGAUCAUGCAAGAUUUGAAAGAACCUACCUCUCGAGAGAAGCAUCAAGCAGUUUUGUGCAAAUAUGUACUAAAACCUUCAUCUAUACAUAAAAAUGAUUUUUCUAUUAUUAAGGAAAACCAUCAAUUUAUUUGGGAUGAAAAUUUAUCUGAAACUGAAUUAACGUGGAGAAAACAAUUAGCAAAAAAAUAUUAUGAUAAACUAUUUAAAGAAUAUUGCGUUUGCGACUUGACAAAAUAUAAAGAGAACAAAAUAGCUCUAAGAUGGCGAACCAAUAAAGAAGUCUUUAUUGGUAAGGGUCAAUUUAUAUGCGCCGAAAAACUUUGUUCAGUACAGAACUUGCUCCGCACAUGGGAAGUUAAUUUUGGAUAUAUUGAAGCAGGAAUAAAAAAAAAUGCGUUAGUUAAGAUUAAGCUGUGCAAGACAUGCUCCUCUAAAUUGAAUUAUCGACAUAAGAAAAAAGAGCUAAAACGAGAAAAAAAAUACAAAAGUUUAUUUUCUGAUGAUCAAACGGACAAAGAUUCAAAAUUAUCGAAAACGAAUAAGGACAUCUCAAACAGUAACCAAACGAAAGAGACAGAGUUGGAAAGAACCGAUAAACACCAGGAUGCAACAGUUAAUUUGCAAUUGGAUAGAGAAUUAGAGUUUGAAAAGUACCUAAUUGAUUUGUUAUGAAAAUUCCAACGCA